GGUGCCGCGCGCUGGUCGCGCGCAGGCGCGGCGGGUCGGGAUGUCGGUGGCGGCGGCCUUGUUGGGCCGGGCCGCGGGCCUGGGCCUGGUCACAGCCGCGGCCACGGGCGGGCGGCGGCUCCUCCGGUGCGGGACCGGAGUGGGGCUGCGCGAGCGGGGGACGGGGACCCUCCUCGGCGGUGCCGUUGUGUGCAGAGCCGGUGGCGCGGCGGAUCAGCGCCUGUCUCGGGGGAUCAGCUCGGAUCAGCGCCCAAAGCGGCCCCUCACCGCCUAUCUUCGUUUUGUGGUGGACAACCGUCCGGCUUUUAGGGAAAAAAACCCAGAAGCGAGCAACCUGGAACUGAUUAAAAAAAUAGCAGAUGCAUGGAAGGAGUUGCCAGCAUCACAGAAGCAGGUUUAUGAGGAAGCAAGAAAGACAGACUGGAAAAGAUAUGGAGAGCAGUUGGCCGCUUAUAAAGCCCAACUGACUUCAGCCCAGGCUGCAGCUUUGAAAGAGGAGAGAAGAAAACAAUUGGCAAAGAGAAAAUCAAUGAGGGCAAAAAGAGAAUUGAAUCUGCUUGGGAAACCUAAGAGAGCUCGUAGUGGCUUUAACAUUUUCCUGUCAGAAAAUUUUCAAGAAAGUGAGGGAAGUUCACCUAUGGCAAAGCUGAAGAAACUAUUUGAUACAUGGCAGAAACUGUCUACUUCCCAAAAGCAGCCAUACUUGCAGCUUGCUGAAGAUGAUAAGGUUCGGUAUGAGAAUGAAAUGAAAUCAUGGGAAGCAAAAAUGAUUGAACUGGGACGUGAAGACCUGGUGCGUUCCAAAAAGCAAAGGCUAAAAAAGAAACCUGCUGAAACUGCAAAGCAAGCUGAAACAAAAAAAAAAUCUUCCUCAGGUGGAAACAAGGCAAAAUUAAAAAAAUCUGAAGAAUAAAAAAAUCCCCUUUAGUUGUCCUAUUUCUAUCCUGCUGUGCUAAUGCUGCAGUCAGCAUUAGCACUGAAAUCUGGAAAACCCAUGAAUGGCCCUUUGGAAAGGUGAUCAGGUAAGGGAGGAGUUACUGUCUCUCAGAACUGACUGAAAUAAUCACUGUGGAUGUAGCCUGAACUGUAGAACAGCAAUCAAUCAAUAAAGCUGUGAAUACUGAUACUACUGACAUCAGCAGAGCUCUCCAGUAAUGGUACAUAAUAUCCAGCUUUUAUAAGUUUUUUGUUUUUAAUGAAAAAAAAUAAAAAAGAUUCUUUAUGAAAGAAUAUUCUGCACGGUUACCAUCUAAAUUCUGUAAAUGAGCUGAAAUCUGAGUUAACACUGCUGUGUUUUAUUCCCUCCAUGUUAUUGCUAGUGAGAUGUUCUACAUUUCAACAAUAGGCACAAGAAAUGUAAAAUGCUAGCUUUUAUUUUAUGCAUUUGUCUUUGUAUCUGUUAAUCUGUGUAUGCCAUUUAUAUUGCAUUUAAAAACCAUAUGAGUUUUGUAUGAACAUACCUUUUAUUUCCUGGUUUUGUUUGGAUCCAUACAAACGUUUUUAUCUUGCUGUUGUCACAUUUGGGAUGACCUAGAAGAAAAAAUGAAAAUGUGAACUGUUUGGACUUUUGAGUUUUGGUAUAAUAGAUACACAUAUUUUAGAGGUGGUUGGUUUUUUUCCUGUGGUUUCUCCAUCUUAAAGUAAAUAGGUAUUUUGAGGAAUCCGUUUUUAGAACGCAGGACAACUUUUUCAGUAUUCGGUGGAUCUCAUCUAUUCUGAGUGAUCCUCAAAAUAAUAAUGGAAUUCUAGGAAGGCUUGGGUUGGAAGGGUUCUUCAGGAUCACGUGGUUCCCACAUUCCUCCCGUAGGAAGGGAUGCCUCUCAUUAAAUCAGGUUGCUCAGGGACCCAUCCAACCUGGCCUUGGACACCAUCACCUAAAAAAUGGGGUUUUCCUCAAACUCUUUGUGUUUGAUCAGUCUGUCGAUGCCCAGGGGUUGACUGCAGAAAUAAAUUUGAAGCAAUUAUAGAUGAGCUCUGAUUGCCAGUGCAAAUCAGCUCAAGCUAAUGAUUCAGUGCACAUAGGAUCACAGAAUAUCCUGAGUUGAAGGACCCAUCAGCAUCAUGAAGUCCAGCUCCUGGCUCUGUACAGGACACCCCAGGAAUUCCCCCCCCAUGCCUGAGUGUUGUCCAAACACUUCUUGAAUACUGACAGGCUUGGUACUGUGACCACUGCCCUGGGGAAGCCUCUUCAGUGCCUAACCAGCCUUUGGGGUAAGAACCUUUUCCUGAUACCUAACCUAAUCCUCCCUGACACAGCUACAGCCGGUCCCUCAGGCCUUGUUAGUGGUCACAAGAAUGAAGCGAUUGGUACCUACCCCUCCAGUGCCCCUUGAGGAUGUUGAUGACCUCAAUAUGGUCUCCCCUUCAAUCUCCACUUUUCCAGGCUGAACAAACCAGGUGACUCAGAUGUGCUAAGGUCUGUGCAUCAGGCCUCAGCCAGAGUUGACUUACUA